AUGACGACCCGAAGAAUCGUGCUAUUGUGCGCCCUGACGGCGAUCGCCACCGCUGCCGGCAACUCAGAAAUUUCAGUGCGUAUCGAGCGGCAUUUCCCGUGCUCAGCUAGUUCAGGACCAAAGAAAGAACAAUUGCUGAUCAAGUUCCCGUCGUACAAGACCGCUGGUGUUCAGUUCCAUGAGGAAAUUAACGAGAGCGGACACAAAUGCUUCCGCAUGUCCGGUGGCAAUGUCGAGGUUUUCGCACCCGGACUUGAUGGAUCUAAGAAAUACUACGUUCAUCUUGAAACUAGAAUUGGAAUUCAUGGAAAACCGGAGAGGUGUGUGAAUGCCGACGCUAACGGGUGCGGAGGAAUUGGAUCAUGCGUGCACUGCGAUAUCUGCAGAACCAUGGGAGGAUCAUUGAAAAACUUUGUUCAAAUCUUCCAGGCUAACAAACCUGCUCAAUGCUCCAGCAAAGGAUUAAAUCCAGGAAGUUACAGCGAUCUUUCCCUUCGUGUUUGCCUUCCAACCAAGAGCGAACUUCUUCCAUUCCUUGACUCGAACUCUUCAAGGGCCGAACAACUUUGGGACCUCUUCGUUAGCUCAAGAGCCAGAUCUGGGGAAAUCCCACUUGUUAUUGCUGCGCGCCUCUUCGACCGCCCAAUCAACAACAUGGACCCAAAGAAACUCAACGCCAUGAUCCAUGACACCAAGGAAGGAAUGAUUGGCUGCCACUGGAUUUACGCCACCGUUUCUCAGCCAAACUAA